UGGUGAAUGCCUUGGCCAGCUUGGGACUUGCGGUGACCGUGGUAGCGAUGGCGAUGGCGUCAACGCUAGUGCAGCCUCUCUACUGCUCGACUCCAGCAUUCCAGUCCGCUCUUACUCGUAGCCCUGCUGCUCCUUCUACCUCUUCGAAGCUCACGUCGUGGAAUGUUAAGAGAACCUCAGCGUUUUUUGGUGAUUCUUUCUAUACACGAUUCGCUUUCCGAGGCGCAGUAAAAUGGCGCGUUGCGGAGGAACGGAGCAUGAGAAGGAAGGCCGUUGGGGUUGUGCAGGCGAAGCGAAUGGAAUCUUCAGCGGACGUUGCCACUCGCGCUCCUGAUUUCCAGCUAGUGGAGCCUCUGACUGGAGACACGUGGGAAUUAGAGGACUUUGAAGCAUUUCCGGCUCUACUGGUCAUGUUUAUCUGCAACCACUGCCCAUUUGUGAUCCAUCUCAAGAAGGAUCUUGUGAAACUUGCAAACAGUUACCAGCCGCGAGGGCUUCAAAUAGUGGCUAUAUCGUCAAAUUCUGUCGUGACACACCCACAGGAUGGCCCUGAAUUUAUGGCUGAGGAUGCUAAAACCUUGAGAUAUCCAUUCCCAUAUUUGUAUGAUGAGACUCAAGAAGUUGCUAAGGCUUACGGAGCUGUUUGCACCCCCGAAUUCUUCUUGUACAAGAAGGAAGGUCCUAGACCCUUUGAAUUAGUCUAUCAUGGGCAAUAUGAUGAUUCCCGACCGGGUAAUGAUAUCCCAGUCACGGGCAGAGAUAUUCGGGAGGCAAUCGAGUGUGUUCUGUCAGGAAGGCGUAUCUCUUUUCCUCAAAGGCCAAGUAUUGGAUGCAGCAUCAAAUGGGCUCCAGGAUCAAACACAUAAGAAGUUCUCGUGUGUAAACUUUUUUUUUCUCCCAUUUAAUGCUUUAGCAGCUAAUGUAUGCAGAACCACCCCAGAUAAUUAAUUGUACGGUGCUUUUGUAUUGAAUUUGUAAUUCAUUCAUGAAUGUUGCGAAGCAAUGUUACAUCAAAAGUUUUUGGCCA